AUGAGAACUUUUUCUCUUUUUCUACAUUUUAAGCACUGUCCAAGAGAUUUCUCUGGAAAUAUACCACGAAUCUGCUCAAAGUGGUACGAACCAGAUACUGCUAAGUCACCAGUGACGACUCGUUUUCUUGUGGGAAUUGAGGAUAUCCGCUCUAAUCGAGCGUCUGACAACAGCAAAGCACCAGCUCCAACUAGCGAGAAAAAUCCAAGCGCUGAUGCGAACGAGCAUGUUGACGCACUGCUGCCAUAUAGACAAACCUAA